AACCGGGACAGUCGCGCAGCCUCGAGGGAUGGAGGAGGUGCGCGAGGAACGCGCGCUCGGUGGCGGGAUGGAGGCCGACGGGCCCGCGAACCCCCAGGAGCUGCCUCCCUCGCCACGGUCGCCGUCACCGCCGCCGUCGCCGCCAUCGCCCGCGGCCCCGGAGACCCCCGAGAUCCCCGAGAUCCCCGAGCUCCCCGAACCGGAGCAGCCGUCCGAGGCCCACGCGCGGCAGCUGCUGCUGGAGGAGUGGGGGCCGCUGAGCGGGACCCUGGAGCUGCCGCCGCGCCUCACCUGGAAGCUGCUCCUGCUGCGGAGGCCGCUCUACCGCAACCUGCUGCGAUCACCCAACCCCGAAGGCAUCAACAUUUAUGAGCCAGCGCCCCCUACUGGGCCCACCCAGCGACCCCUGGAGACUCUGGGCAAUUUCCGCGGCUGGUUCAUUAGAACCGAGAAGCUCCAGCAGAACCUAAGCUGGACGGUGAAGCAGCAGUGCGUGGACCUCCUGGCCGAGGGCCUGUGGGAGGAGCUGCUGGAUGACGAGCAGCCAGACAUUACCGUCAUGGACUGGUUUGAGGACAGCCGGCUGGACGCUUGCGUCUAUGAGCUGCACGUCUGGCUGCUGGCGGCCGACCGCCGCACGGUCAUUGCUCAGCACCACGUGGCCCCCCGGACUUCUGGGAGAGGCCCCCCUGGCCGCUGGGUCCAGGUGUCCCACGUAUUCCGUCAUUAUGGUUCCGGCGUGCGCUUCAUCCACUUCCUGCACAAGGCCAAGAACCGCAGGGAGCCUGGUGGGCUGCGGCGGACACGGGUGACCGACUCCUCCGUGUCUGUGCAGCUCCGGGAGUGACUGGCUGACUCCGAGUCUGUUCUGACCCCAUGGCACCCCUCCCUGACCUUUAGAAACCCCUAACCCUUAGCCACCUCCUAGUCCCUUUAUUCCUGCCUGGCCCCCUCGCUUCUCUCUUGAUUGACAGCUUCACACACUCCUGAACAGUGGACUCUGGCCUUUCCCAGCACUCGCUGAGCCCCAUGAGGGCAGAGCCACACCUUGCAAAUUCAGUGCCUGACAGAUGCUCUGGCAGGUGCUCCGUAGAUCUCUGUUGAGUGAAUGCAUAGACACCUGUGCCCAAGGAUGCUGAGUGCUUUGAACUCCACUGAAAUGAAUUGCUCACUGCUGUGUCCCCAGCACCACCCAGCCAAGGACUGUGCACAAGAGUGGGUGGCAGCGAAUGUGUGUUGAAGGGGGAAUGGAACCAUUCGCUUCACUCAGUUCCUGCCCCAUUUAUCCGCCCCGAUCCUGAUCUUCCAUUACCUUCACAACCCGGGGACCUUCUGACCUUGACCUCUGAUCUCUUCACACAUCUCCCUUUAGCAUCUCCACUUACCUAUUCUCUAUCUCUCUUUUUUUUUUUGAGAUGGAGUCUCGCUCUGUCACCCAGGCUGGAAUGCAGUAACACGAUCUCAGCUCACUGCAACCUCUGCCUCCCAGGUUCAAGUGAUUCUCCUGCCUCAGCCUCUCAAGGAGCUGGGAUUACAGGUGCAUAUCACCACGUCUGGCUAAUUUUUGUAUUUUUAGUAGAGAUGGGGUUUCACUAUGUUGGCCAGUCUGGUCUUGAACUCCUGACCUCAGGUCAUCCACCCGCCUUGGCUUCCCAAAGUGCUGGGAUUGCAGGCGUGAGCCACAUGGCCUGGCCUUUAUAUCUCUUAAGUCUCAGAAUCUGCCCUAGCUCCCUCCUGCUGUCUGCAGUUGUCAUCCCCUCAGAGCUCUCCUCCCACCAUCUCCUCCGAGGACCCUUUGUGUAUCCUCUCCAGCUACCGCAGAGCCUCCAAACCCAGGCAUCCAUCAAAGUCCUUCAUUCAUGGGAGAGGUGGGGACACAGACUGCGACCAGAACAGAAAUAUGGGAUGUGGGGAUUAAAAGUAUUUAACAACCUCUAA